GAGAACUUGUCCGAGAACCCCAGCACCUAUUUCCGGCGUACCAAAACGUUGUUUAUGGUGGUGAUCACGGGCGGCCUGAGCUACUAUACGGAGGGAAACGCAACAACCGGCACAACAAGAUUCUCCACUGAUAGAUCAAGCAGACUUGAAACAAGGGUAAGCGAAAAAGGAGCGGCUUUGAGUGUUCAGCUGGUUCUUCCUCCUACGGCCCCCAGUGAUUUCUCCUACAGUCAUCCCGCCUUCCUUACCUGUUUGACGAAAGAAUUGUGCUGCCCACUCGUUGUGAUGCAAAUGGUGUCUGGAGAUGCGGUGCUGUUACCACGCCCCGGAGGUGGGCGCUCAGAGUCGGCUGCGGGUACCGGUGUUUAAAGAAAGAGGCGGAGGAGGCCUCUGCGAAAAGUCGCCGAGAUGAGGAGAGCAGCGGUGUCGGUGGAGAACUUGUCCGAGAACCCCAGCACCUAUUUCCGGCGUACCAAAACGUUGUUUAUGGUGGUGAUCGCGGGCUUCCUGAGCUACUAUGCGUGGGCACUCUUUUUUCCUUCAACGAUACCAUACAACCUUCUGGGACCAUUAGGCACCCUCACUAAAUAUUUGGUGGAGAAUCAUAAAACGACCUUACAGAUAGGGUAUGUGGUUACUUGGCUAAUCCAUUUAGCGGAUGCAUUUUACGCCCUCCGGCUAUGCAAGAUCAAAGGCAUCACAGAUGGUUCAACUCAGCUUCAGUGGUUUGUUCAAACAUUUUUAUUUGGACUGUCAUCUCUUAUCUAUCUGUUGGUUUAUAGCCCUAAGAAGAAAAGCCAGUGAGGGAAGAUUAAACCAGAAGAGAAGGUGCUAAUACACUACUACGUUUGGCAUAGUUUUUGACCCGAAGGUGGAUAUAGCCAUAAACAUUUUUCUGUUUUCAAAAGUAUGAUUACCUCUUACUUGGCAAGAGAUCACUGUCUUUCAGGUGUCUCCUUUGGUUUUGCAACUAUGAGUGAUGUGAGGAAACUAGCGUAUGAAAUUAUUCUUGAAGCUGUUAUUGAAUUACAUCAAAGAAACAAAUCCUGUUCUCAGCAAUCAAGACCAAAAUGGCACCACCCAUAGAUAGCUGCGUAGGAAAUUAAAAUGGGGCUGUUAAUAGAAAGCAGCCUUUCCCAACCAGUGUGUCUCCAGAUGUUGUUGGACCACAACUCCCAUCAGCCUCAGCAAGCAUUACCAAUUGUCAGGAAAGAUGGGAAUUGUGGUCCAACAACAUCUGGAGGCACACUGGUUGGGUAAGGCUGAUAGAAAAUAUAUUUCAUUUGUAGCAUUGCACGAACCAUAGCUUUUACUUCUCAGGUCUGGCAAAAGCCUAGUCUAGUAAUAGCCUUGUUCACAAACUGAGCUGUGUAGAAUGGAAGUGUGGUGGGCAUCCUGUGCUGGGACCAAACACUCUGUUUUUACCUCCACUUUCUAUUUGCACCAUCCACAGUGAGGGCUCAAUGCCAGCUGCAAGCAUGAUGUUUUCUAUUCACACUGAGGGGAAGUAUCAAUCAUGCAGUUUCGUAAUGACCAUACCCUCUAAUUUAACAUUCUACUCCCUCUGCUUACCUGGCAACGGAACAUGCUCAGUUUGUUCUACCGGUUUCAUUUAAAAAAAGAACAACCCGGAAUUGUGAUUAUUUGUAUUUUCACUGGUACAAUACACCCAAAAUACAAA